AUGAGCGUUCCAGCGGCUUUUCUCAUUCUUUUAUGGUCUUCAAUUGCAGGAUCUUUGCCUCUGGCACCAGCGCCACCCGACUUCAACGCUGACUUUUCAAAAAGAGAAUCGGAUUUGAUGCCGGUUGUCGGAGAAGAUGAGCUUCAAAGUUUACGACACACUGGAUUCCAAUCUGUUUUUUUGUCAUUUGAACAGUUACAUCAUUUGCGACAACAAAAUAUUGGAAGGAAUUCUGCAACAGUGACCGAGGAAAUGGCAAAAAUCCGAAAUUCCAUUGAAGACAUUUCAGAGUUUUCUGUGGAUUCUAAUGAAGUUGACGAGGCGAUCAAUGACAUAACAGUUCCAACUGACACCAACUUCAAGAAGAGUAGUAAAUUCAAUGAGCUAGCUCAGAUUCACAACACUGAUUCUUCAAACAAAUCAUUUCCGCCUUUUGCAUUUUCAGAAGAUCAGCAAGAAUCAGAAACACAUGUUGAAACCGUCGAGGUUGUUCCUCCAACUACCACAGUCAUUCUUACAACUCUGCCCACUACAACUCCGAUCUCAACAACCAGAACAACUACACAUCCGACAACAACUUUGAAAUAUGUACACAUUGAUAGUGACGUUUCGGUACCAAGAAGAACUGAAAUUACAAUGUCUUCAACUCCGAUGAUUGCUAGAACUAGUACUGUACCUAUUGAAAUCACAACAACUACUUUGGCACCUACCACGCAGUUCACAACUAGAUACAUAAAUUUCAGCUCUCCGUCCACUACUCGAUACCCUCAUAUAUUCUCUUCUUCAACUGUUCGUCUACCAUCUGCAAUUCCAAUUCCCACAUAUACCACAUUUGCUUCUAGACUUCCACAAAUCUUCUCGACAACUCCCAGACCAUCCCGAGGUCCAUUUACUACUGAAUUCACAAUUGAUCCAAUUCAGAAGAGAAGUGAAGGACGUACUUCGCUAAGAGAUAGAAUCCGAUCCACCAGUCAGUUGUUGAACCUUUUGGGUGAUAAAAUCGAGGGAAUCGAUCAGAAGGCAGCGUCAAAUGGAGCAGAACCAAAGACAGGAGUUCUUACCAAUGUCUACGAUCGAGGAGAGAUCAAACAUAGGAAUUAUCGGAUGAAGCAGUGGGGAAUCAGUGGUGAAGGAAGGCAAGGAGUUCAGACUUAUGAUGGGCAGUUCAGUGGAGUCGCAUAUGGAGCAACGAAACAAAGAGGUGGUGGGUAUGGAAUGAGAAAAAAGAUUGGAAGAAGACCAUGGAAAGGAUACAAAACGAGAAAACUCGGAGAAAAGAGACCGGACUAUAUGAGACCAUCAACAUUUGUGGAGAAGAAAACAACUGUGUUAGAUGUGGAACCAUAUGGAAGCAAGAGGAGAGGAGAAUGGAUUCGUGGAGUAAAAGUUUCAGAGAGGAGAAAUGCUGUAAGAAGAGUAAGUGAGAGUCAGAAGAGCUUUGCGCAAGCACUAAUGGAAUCGGAAGAAGCUUCAAUGAGACAACUAAAAAAGACAUUGAGACAGAUAAGAGAAGUUGUCAAGAUGAAAACUUCUUCUGCAACAGUGGAAUCAACGACAACUGCACGCCCAGCCAAAAUAAAGCGUUCUUCUCUGGUCUACCAAAUCUUGCUGAAUCUCCAAAAAACACUUUCCCUUGUUUAUUUUCUUGUUGUCAUAAUACUCUUCUUUUAUAAAGGAACGAUUCUUCCAUAUCCUCGAUAUGUUCGAGUUAUGGAAUUUUUCAUUAUCAUUCCGUUUGCACCAAUUGAAUAUUUAAGGAUAAAUUGGGGGAGUCGAGGGAAUCUACUGGAGAGCACAGCAUUUCUGACAUUGUCAACAAUUUUGUCAUUUCCAGUUAUCAUUAUUUUGGUUUACUUGGAAUUCUUUCAAAAUUACGUUCUAUUCAUCGAGGAAAUUCUGACAUAUGUCCUUGGAUUCUUUGUAAUUCUGGAAACCCUAUUAUCAUUGGUUCUCUCUAUAACUUUCUCUUCAUCAGGGUAA